UCCCUUCUCCUCCCCUCUCUUUCUUAGCCUCCGAAUCAUGUUCCUCUGCUUUGGCUAACACAUGUGCUGGUUUUCUUCAUCGCUUUAUCCUCUCUCCGGUGUCUUAUAACCAUCUUGUGCCCGCAAAUUGCAUCUGGUUUCGCUUUCUUUCAAGCCGACCGGUCUCGAUUUCUGGGGAGAGCUUCGUGUUUCUGCAUCUGGGUUCGUCUAAUUUGUGGGUUUCAAGCGUCUAGCUUCGUUGCUCGUCGUUGGGUCUGUGAUUUUUUUUUUCCUUUAAUUUCGUGUGAUGGAUGGCUUAUUUGUGUGAAGUUUGCGACUUUGGAAUCUGGGUUUUGUGAAUUUUAGGGUGAAAUGAUUGCUUGAAUAGUGUGAACUAUAUGAUACUUUUGGAAGAGUAGCUAUAGAGAAUCAGUGAGAUAGAUAAUUUGGGGCUUGGGUCUGAGAAUUCUGGUUGUAAAAGAUUGUGAUGAAGAGAGGGAGAGAUGAUGAGAAGAUGAUGGAGCCGUUGUUUCCUCGGCUUCAUGUGAAUGAUGCAGAUAAAGGGGGCCCAAGGGCUCCUCCUAGAAACAAGAUGGCUCUCUAUGAGCAACUUAGCAUUCCUUCUCAGAGGUUUAAUCAUCAGGGAACAGUGCCUCCUGGAUCCUCCAAUCAGACUCGUAGCAUGGAAAGAAAUCUAUAUUUCCAACAUCAGGUGUCUACUUCAGUUCCUGCUCACCCAGCGGAAAAGUUUGUUUCCCAAAAGUCAUGUCCAGAGACUGUAAGAUCUUUCACUCGGCAUGAUCAGAGGCAAAUGGUUGGAGAAGAAGAUGAUUUCAUGGUUCCAGUGUUUCUCAACUCAAGAAGAGAGCAAUCUCAUGAUGGAACCAAGAGCAGAAUGGACAAGGAAAAACCUCGUAUAGUGGCAACUGGUGGUAAUCGAUCAGUUGAAAUCGAAGAAGUGACUGGAAAGGACCCUAAGCAGAAUGGUUCAUUAUCCACAAGUUCUAGACAAGAGGUUAGAGACCCAAGUAAGGAGAACCCAAGACAAGGUGCCUCAAAUUAUUCUUUAGAUUUAUCACCUAGAGAACUAAGAGAAGCUAUAGACGUGAGAAAAUCGGCGUCAAAAUGUGACACAGUGAGUGAUGCUCACCCGAGACAAGAGGCCAGAAAUAGGUUGAAUCAAGAGGCCGAUAAUGGAGUUGAGUCCCAGUUGGGAGGUGGGUCUCUGCAGGAGAGAGAUGGAGAGGCGAGUGAUGGACUCUCUGAGACUUCCAUGGUGGAUUCCAUAUCAAGUGCAGAUGUCUCUCCUGAUGAUGUGGUGGGAAUAAUAGGUCAGAAACGUUUUUGGAAAGCAAGGAGAGCGAUUGCCAAUCAGCAAAGAGUAUUUGCAGUUCAAGUAUUUGAGUUGCACAGGCUGAUUAAGGUUCAGAAACUUAUUGCUGCAUCACCACAUCUAUUGCUUGACGAUGGAACUUAUCUCGGAAAAUCUUCUCCAAUAAAGAAGCUUCUUCCAGGAGAAGAAUACAUAGUGAAGCCUCUCCCGCCCGUCAAGGAUGAUUCCAAGAAGGAUAACCAACACGAGAUUGAGUGUUCCGCUGAGAAUGCAGUUGGGAGAAUGAGGAGCAUUUCAUCCGGUAAGAACAAUGACAACAGUCAUCAGCAGCAGCAACAGCCGCCUUUGAAUUACACCCCUUGCGUCCCACCGGUUGCUCCGGCAGCAACCACCAAGACCCAGAUGGCUGCAACCAGUGGUGGGCAGUGGUGCUUUCCUCAGCCUCCUGCGGGGAAUCACCAGUGGUUGAUCCCUGUAAUGUCCCCGUCCGAAGGGCUUAUAUACAAACCCUACCUGGGUCCAGGGCUCACGGGUUCGGGCUGUGAAGGAUACUACAGUCAGUUCAUGCCUGCUCCAAUGGCGGUGAGCAACUUCAUGGGUGGUCCACCGGUUUAUGGCAUGCCCGCCCCUCCUCCGCCCAAUGGGUUCCAGUCUCCUGGUCCUGGUCCCGGGCCAGGGCCCGCUUAUUUACCUCAUUACGCCGUUCCCUCCAUGAACGUGAAUUUCUCCGGCCAACAUCAUCAUCACCAUCAUCAUCACUCUGAGCAAAUGAAUCAGUUGGUUCAUCCGAACACUCCUUCUGCAACCAUGAGUGCUCAACAACAGAGCUCGUGUAACUUCCCGAGCUCCAACAACAACACCAAUGUCGCUGCCACAACGCAACCACAGCCGCAAUCGCGAUUGGCAAAGCCACGUCCGCGGAAGAGGGAAAGCAACAGGGUGCUACAAGGAAGCACCGGUAGCAGCCCCGGCGACUCAGGGAAUGCCGUUCGUCUCUUUCCGACUGGUGAAAACAAUCGGGGAAGCUUGACCAUGACCAUGACUACGACCACUGCCACGAAGGGGGCGGCGGCUGGGAUUGGGACGAGAGUGAUAAAGGUGGUGCCGCACAAUCCGAAGGCGGCGAGCGAAUCGGCGGCGAGGAUUUUCCGAUCAAUACAAGAAGAGCGUAAACAAUACGAGUCCUCUUUCUGAUGAUUGCUACUCUCUGUCUCUGAUGGAUUUGCAUCAGAUUUGUGCUUUGUUAUCUCGUCGUGUGCUUGUGAUGCUUUUUCGUCCUCUUUUUAAUAGAUUCUUGAAUUUUUAAUUCGGAAUUUUAAAUAAUUAGAAAAACGUUGCUUGUUUUGUGUC